CUAAUCUGGCUCCGCCCCUGCAACAGCGCCAGCAGCGCGAGUUCCGCCAAACUUACGUUCCGAUCUAUCGAUUCAGCGAUUAAAAGUGUGAUUAAACAUGACGAUCUUCAGCUUUAGGGAGACUUAAAGCUCAUCAGAUGCGGUUUGUUUAAUCAGUGCUUGUUUUGUGUUUGUGCUGCGGCUGGAUUGAACAUCAUGACGCCUGACCUGCUGAACUUCAAGAAGGGAUGGAUGUCUAAACUGGACGAGAGCGGAGAGUGGAGGAAACACUGGUUUGUGCUGACGGAUGCUGGACUGAAGUACUACAGAGACUCUGCAGCAGAGGAGAGGGACGAGGUGGAUGGCGAGAUCGACCUGAAGGCGUGCGUGAAGGUCUCAGAGUUUGACGUGGAGAAGAACUACGGCUUUCAGAUUCAGACCAGAAACGCCGUCUUCACGCUCUCCGCCAUGACAGCCGGCAUACGCAGGAACUGGAUCGAGGUGUUGAGGAAGAACGUCCAGCCCAGCAGCUCUCCAGACCUCACACAGCUGCCCAACUGCAGCAGCGAUAAAGAAAACGCCCGUCAUUCAUCAGCCCCCCGCCUCCGCAGCCAAUCAGAGGCCACCUCCACCACCGCAAACCCCGCCCACCGCAAAUUUGACUAUGUUGAGCUGUCGCCCGUAACCACGCCUUCUACCCCGGCCUCCACCAAUCAGAGAGAGUCGGGGGAGGGGCAGGUGAGAGAGCACAGCCAAUGGCAGGAGGAGCGGCCGCGUGCCGACGCCCACAACCAAUGGGAGGCGGUGCUUUCGCGGAAGGGGGCGGGCCAGCAGUCGGAACAGAGACGAAUAGAGGAGGAGAUUGAGAGGAAGUGGGCGGAGUUUGAGCGGCUGCCGCUCAAAGAGACGAGGUCACUCCCACUGGUGGGCUCACGGUCGUCAGCCAAUCAGGCGCUGGAGAGGGAGGUGGCGUCUCUGAGGCAGCAGCUGGCGGAGCUGGGGGCGGGGCCGGGGCGGGGGGGGGAGGGGCGCUGUGGGGCGGAGUCUGGCUGCGGGGCGGUGCUGCAGCAGAUGGAGCGCACACACCGGGAGGCGCUGGAGGAGCUGGAGAAGCAGCACUCGCAGCAGAUCAGCGCACUGGAGCGGGAACGAGACGCGCUGCUGAAGGAGGAGAGCGACGCCACCGCGCGCGUGAUGGAGGCGCUACAGAAAGCACACAGAGAGGAGCUGGAGAAAACCUCACAACUCAGAGAGACUCAUGGGAUGGAUUCACACACGCUGGGGAAACAGCAGCAGGCGGAGCUGGCGUCCCUGCGCAGGGAGCUGGCGUCUCUGUCCGAGCGAUACUCUCAGAAGUGUGUGGAGCUGAAGCGAGCGCAGCAGCACAGUCUGGAUGCGGAGCGACUCGUGAGCCAGAAGGACACACAGAUGGAGCAGCUGAAGAGAGACAACCAGGACCUGCAGGCGCGUCUGUCGGAGGAGGUCAAGGUCAUUCGCUCUCUGGUCACAGGUCAAGGGUCAGACGGAGUGACUGAGGGCACUGAGAGGUCAUGGUGUGAGACACAGGUGCUGCUGCGUGUGAGAGAGAACGAACUGCAGUACUUACACAAGCAGCUCAGCAGCCUCCGCAACCAGCUGCACUUCCUCACUACGGAGAAGAGCAGCGUGUGCGAGCGCUACCGUGAGGUGUGUGAGGAGCUGAGCGUGAUGAAGAGCCGCAGCGAGCGCGAGGCCGAGACGCUGAGAGAACACCUGAGACUGGCUCUGAGCGCGCUGCACGAGGGACAGCAGACCGACAACACACACGCCUCCUGAGGGGCGGGGCCUCACACGUGCCUUCCUUUCAGCCCAAUCAGCUGCAGCCGCUGCCACCGGCCAAUCAGCUGCGGCACACUGGAACAAACGCUUCUGCACUUUCUCAUGUCUCUGUGUGUCCGACUCCUGGGAACAGAACUGGAACGUCUCUCUCUCACACACACACACACACACACACACGUAUGAACAAUCAGAGUGUCACUGAUGCCAAACUAAUGUCUGAUCAUAUGUGCCUCCUGCUCCUGUGUGUGUGUUCUACUGCCUUUGUGCCACAAAAACAAAGAGCUUUGCUUUAAUGAGCCAGUGUUUUUAAAAGAUGUUUGCAUCAUUUCUUGUCGUCCUAUUUAAUUAGAGUGUAACGCGUAUGUAAACAUAUCAUACUAGGACUAAUAAAACAUGGGUUCUCUGA